ACGCUUAGGAAGAGAAGAACUUGAUUAGAGGCUUCGCUUUUUAAUGAUGCGACUGCCAAAGCCAGUUUGUUGUGUUGUGUUGAUUUUGUGUUUCUCUGCCUUUGCAGCAAGUGGAGGUGGAUGGACAGCAGUGUAUGUUGGAAAUUCUGGAUACAGCCGGAACGGAACAAUUCACAGCCAUGAGGGACCUGUACAUGAAGAAUGGCCAGGGCUUUGCACUAGUAUAUUCCAUAACCGCACAGUCCACCUUCAACGACCUGCAGGACUUGAGAGAACAGAUUCUGCGGGUCAAAGACACAGAUGACGUGCCGAUGAUCCUGGUGGGUAAUAAGUGUGAUCUGGAAGACGAGAGGGUGGUCGGUAAAGAACAGGGCCAGAAUCUCGCCCGCCAGUGGAACAGCUGCGCUUUCCUGGAGUCUUCUGCAAAGUCCAAGAUUAACGUCAAUGAGAUCUUCUAUGACCUGGUCCGGCAAAUCAACAGGAAAACUCCAGUACCUGGAAAGGCACGCAAAAAGUCCACCUGCCAGCUGCUCUAAUAUACAGCUGUUCUUUUGCUCUGAGCCAGGUCUGAUUUACUGCUGUGUCUUUCAGCAGUGCCAGCAUUCCGACGUUACUAAAACUUUACAUCGAAUGGACUUUCCUGUGUGUUGAUGCCCCUUUAACAAACCAACCCACCAACAACCAACCAAUGGAUUUAAGGCUACAGUACCAUGUCAGUUGUUUGCACAUAGAUAGCCAUCAUCACUUUCCAAUGUCACGAGAAAGAGAUUUUUACAUAUAAUUAUAUAAAUAUAUAUUCUAACUGUAUGCAACUGAAUAAAAAAAUGAAAUGAGUAAAUGAAUAAAGAGCUAGACAAAAGAAUAAAAAUAUACAGAGCCUACACGCAGUGUUAUCGCUAACGGAGACAGCCACCGUUGUAAAUGUAAGGAGGGAAUGUCUGACCAGGCUGUGCACGUUGCCAUGGCAAUUACAAUGAUAUUUAUAAGCACCACUAUUUUAGCCAGAGAGGAGAGGAAGUCCAAAGAGCUCCUAUAUAAACCAUUCAUACAGAUAAUUUUCACUCCUUGGUUUCUUUUGCAUUAUUUUUGAUGAUUUUGUUUUUUGUUUGCUUUUAUUCAAAACAUGAUUUCUUUCUCUCCUGCCUUUUUCUCUUUUAUAAUUACUAGAUUUUUGCUCCAUGAAGAUGUUAUAUUCGCAACAGCUAUUGAUAUGAGUUUUAUUUUAGGGGUGAAAAAACCCUGUGGAUACAGUGAUGUACAUGUAAAAAGUUCAAAAAUAUAAUUUUUCUGUCACUAUCAUAUUGUCCUUAGCCUCAGAUGUUGCCUUCAAAUAUGUGUUAAGUCUCUUUUUCUUUAUUUCCCCUGGAGAAAAAAAAAUAUAAUCAAAGUCAUUUCCACGAUCUUAGGUCCAUCUUUUAGGCCAUUUCAGGUUUCUUUGUUUUGUUUACAAAGAAGUUUGUACAGCAGGCUUUUUCAAAAAGGGAAGGGAAGGGAAGGGAGGGGGGGGGGGUUGGGGGUUGAGGGGUGAGGGGUUGACAAUUUAGUUUUAGACUUUACCAAUGAGAGACUCAGAAGCUCUUCUUUUGGGUGGUCUUAUAUAAAUAUAUACAUAGUCAAAUCCCUCUUCACCAAGCUGAUCCUGAUUAAAUAAAGUUUCUAUUUUAAAGAAUUGGGUUUUUUAAUACAGGAUUAAAAAAAGAACAAACUGUCAUCAGUGAUGCCCUCCUUUUGCUUGCUGAUGCAUCUGGUGUAAACUGCGGAUAUGAAAAACAAAUAUCGGAUCCUGUCAGUAAAGAAUGAGGACGAAAUGUCUGUUAGUGACUGUUUAAACUUUGUAAUAAUUUGACCUGUUUUCUGUCUGUGUUACUGUUGGGUUAACUGAAUAUGGGGGUCUGGGAACUUUGUGUUAAACAAGAAAAAACGGGAAGAAUUGAUCUAAAAAAAAAUCUAAUAAGUGUACAUCAAGUGCAAUCAGAGAGGGUAUUCAUAAAGCUUACAAAAGAUUUGAAUGUACUCUGUAAAGUGGUUGUGCGCGAGUACCCGGUGAGCAUUAAUUCGAUCAUGCCUCUUCAAAGGGAUUGUUCACCGAAACUGAACAUUCUGUCAUCGAUUUCGGUAAACCUUCAUGUUCUUAAAAACCCAUAUCACCUUCUUUCCAGGGUUUGGAUGACAUGAUGGUGCAUAAAUGAUGAAAGUAUUUUCAUUUUGGGGUGAACUAUCCCUUUAAACACCGUAACGACUCUUUACAGGGUACAGCAUGCAGUAUGAACUCAAAAUGAGUUCUUUAUGGAUGCUUUGAGGAUUUGCACUGUGUGAAGUGAAGAACACAACUCCUAGGGAGUGUCCAUAGAGGACGUGGACAUAGGUAAACAUUACAAGUUGUGUGUUGUUCUGAUUACUGCAAGCAAAUGCCUUGUUGCUCUUUGAGUUAAAAAAAGGAAAUAAAUAAACCUACUUGAUACGAGGACCUUGGACCUGAGACAGAGGCACAGUAUUUCAAAUGCAACAUUGUAUGCUUCUGAUGGGUGGGUGGCCAAAUGUCAACUUAAACGCCUUAAUUAAAGUGGUGCAAUUUUGUAUAACCAAGCAUCUGUAGUUUAAUAAAUUGGAUUGCCAUGCAAGGGCUCUCAUGAAGCCAGUUUUGCCACUUGAAUAUUUUUGUGUAUUGUUUUAGCAUUUUUCUGUCGGUCAAAUAAAAAAGAAAACAGUUUAACUUA